CAUAUCUGUCGAGAUAUUUCACCGGUCCGGUACUUUUUCCCUUUUUCCAUCGCGUGUACAAAGGUAGAAAGAGGAACUAAGACGCUCGAAGAAAUGCGUGAAACAAGGACGAUAGAUGCAGCAUACCCAACUUGCCAACGCUAAAUGUUUUUUACUUUUCACGGUUGAUAGCCCUGGGAAUCUAUAGCCGUCGCAAAGCAAAAGUAGGCGUGGUUUAGCCGAACUGAGCACACCAUGUUAUCCCUUCCACCAUGGCACACCAUGUUAUCCCUUCCACCAUGGUCAGUGAUGCUAGCUCGGGGCCGAGCGUCGAGCGCACGCGUAUAUGCGGCGUGUCGCCUGUGUGCGUGCAUGCGCGCGCAGACGUGCUAUCCCCACCAUCGCGACAGCGAUGUAGCUGGUAGUCCAAGCUAGCAUCACUGACCAUGGUAUUCAUUCGUGUGCACUUUCUUGAGUGAUAUCGUUGAAGUCAGACGAACUGUGCUAACAAACUUGUGGUGGACAACUGUGUGCCCCAGACAUCGUAGAUCACUACAAAUUCGUGCAGCAGCUGUAGAAUGGUGAAGCACUACGUUGCAGAUUUACCAUCGGAGAGAAAUACUAAUUCCGUUGUGAAAGAGACACAGGGCUGGAGUUAUGUAGAAAUGGAGAACAUCAGCUACAAGUGGACGCUAUAUAAUUUCCCUCAUACGAACCAGUGUGAGAUCGGGUCGAGUAUAUUUUCUACCACCGACGAGUCAAAAUGGUGUCUGGUAGUAAAAUUAUUUUCUGGCAUGGACUACACCUGCCUGUCGUUAUAUCUUGUUCUUAUUUCAUCUAAGAAACGUACAGUCCCAGCAAAGUUCAAAUUGUCUUUUCUUAAUGCCACAGGGAAAGUAUUACAUACAAAAGAGAGCAGUUCUAUUUGUGAAUUUAUUAAUUAUUGUACUAAUAAAGCUGACUGUACUCUCAUUCAGUCUGGAUUGGAUGGACAUCGUUCUGAUUAUAAUUAUUGCCAACACAAAUUUGAUAAAUGGGGCUAUGAGAACUUUGUCUGUUUCAAUACUCAAGCUAAUGGAUCGCUAGUGAAUGCAACAAUAUUAUGUGAGAUCAGCCUAGUAACAGACACGAGAAAUAUCUCUGACCGAAGUCGUGCAGUAUGGUUGGAAGUAUCGGAGUGUGAGGUGCUCAACAACUUAGGACUGCUGUUGGAGAACGAAAAAUUUUGCGACGUAACGCUUACUGUUCGUGGAAAGGAGUUCCAGGUGCAUAAAGCAAUUCUCGUAGCACAAAGUCCCGUCUUCAACGUAAUGUUUGAAAACGAGAUGAAAGGGAAAAAAACUAAUCAAGUGGACAUCGACGAUAUGGACCCCGAAGUCCUGGAAGAAAUGUUGCGAUUUAUUUACACUGGUAAAGCGAUGAAUCUGGAAAAGAUGGCGGACGGUUUGUUAGCUGCGUCGGAUAAGUACCAGUUAAAUACACUGAAAGUAUUUUGCCAGGAAGCCCUUUGCAAAAGUUUAACUAUUGAAAAUGCGGCCGAGAUCCUAAUACUUGCCGAACUCCAUAGUGCCGAUCAGCUAAAAGCAAAAGCGAUAGAUUUUAUUAAUACAUAUACGGAUGUGAUGGACACGGCAGGUUUCAAGUCCAUGAAGAAAUCCUAUCCGCACCUGAUAAUAGAAGCUUAUUAUGCUAUACGAACCAAUCCACCGACCGGUUUCAGCAGAAAAAUAAACAAAACCAGUGGCUGCUGAUUGCACUAGGUACCCUGCCGAAAAUGGUCGAUUAAAACCGAUUAAGACAAAAAGUAAUCCAAAUAGAUCGGGAUUUCUGCACCGAAAAUACGGUAUUAAAACCGAUUGAAAAUAUACAUCCACCUCAAUCCGAUAUUAUACGAUUUCAUCAAAUCGGUUUUAAUGCGAUGUGAAUCUGUCGGAAAACGACAAAAAUAAUCCGUUACUAGUGGAAAUUCGACGAUUUUGCGAAUUACAUUGCGAUACACAAUUAAAAAAAGUGUUAAAUGUCUUGCUUAUAUUCAUGUAAACUUUAUUUUAUUUUAAUUAUCACAUUCUACAAAUUAUGCAAAACAGGUCCGCGCGUGUAUCUGAAACAAGACUAACGCGAAAGAACGAUCGUGCAGCCCGCAGAUUCCAACCCAACGAGAUAAGACGGAGCGGAGAGGAAGGUCGGGCCCGCUUGAGGCCAAGCAUUGUUUGCUCGGGCCCUUUAAACGUCGUUUAAAGCGUGACUCCCGACAGCCCGGAAAGGAUCGUCUUAACGAGGAGGUUUUGGGACAGAGACGGACCAGGUCAACUCUCCUACGCUUCACGGGUUACGGCCACGAGCCGUUGCCCCCUCGCGUUUCUCCCAAGAAUCGGCCGCCCUUCUCGUCGUACAAAGAAAAGGCAAAAGGUUGCCGCUUCUCGCAGCUGAUCCCUCAAAUCAUAUUACGCGAUCGUCGAGGAUAAGCCGGUCCACCAAUCACGCCUCUCCCUGACUCGCAAGGAAAAUCGCUUACGCCAAUCUUCGUGACUGCGGCUUCAUCGCGACUUGGAGUACGAAGGGAUUAAGCGGCUAAAUAUUUUAACAAGUCGAAUCUCGGGCUUUCGUUAUUUCAUUUUAUUUUAUUCGAGAUUUUAUUCGAUCCAUUGAUUUUGUUUAGAAAUUAUUAGUAAUAAACGUUAUAUUCUUAUAUAUUUGUAUUAAUACAUUUGUAUUACGAUGAAUGAAUUUCGGGCGAGUAUUCGUAAAAACGAUUAUCUUUGUCAUCGUCGCUUUGUUCAUCAGCCUCUUCGCUGCUUUUAUUUUUCUUGC